GCGACAAGAAGAGGACAGGGAGGAAGAAUGCUGCCAGGUGUCCCCGCUCUCCUGCUGCUCUGCAUGGUUCCAUUAUUAUGCUUCACGAAGGAGACGACAUCUGUAACCAAACAAUCCGAACAAUACUUGAAUAACAAAGACUAUGUAGCUAUUGAGGAUUUGCCAAAAACCCUUGCCAAUGCAAAUAUUUCGGUAGAAUAUCUAUGCAGCGGUCCUUGCACAGUGCAUCUGGAUGUUGUGGCGUCCUCUGAAUUUAGAACGGGGAUUGUGGUCUUUAAAAAACUUUGGAAAAAUGAAAAAAAUCUCGAUCAACUACGGAGACGGUCAGUCGAAUUGAAGUUUCCAAGCAGCAUGGUCUACAGGGAUGACGUCUUAAUGAAGAACUCUAUAGAUAUCUACUUUGCAGUAGUUAGAGCUUGGGUUGUACACAAUCUGGAGGUAGGAACAGAAGUAAGACACAAUGAAUCCAUGUUCUAUGCAGCAGCUAAAACAUAUGCAGUGCUGGACAUUAAUCCUCCGCACCAACGACCAUACAAGGACCAUCAUAUCUGCAUGUCUUGGUUAUAUGAGCAUUUGCGGAGGUUGGAAGAUAAAGCAAUAUUCGUGUGUCCCGUGGAAUCAGAUGCAGUCAAGAUCCUUUCAUUUCCACUUGCAUCUGGCAAUGAACACAGUGGCCUUACCAAAAUUUUCGAGCCAUAUAAAAAUAGAGAUCUAGAGAGGAGGAGACGCCAGUUGGUCAAGUACUAUCCGAUGUUUACUCUUUCUAUCUGGAUAUAUUUGUUAGAUUAUUGUACCGGUAAGGAAUGUGGAAUAUUCCACCAUGUGGAUACUAAUAAGAUGUAUGCAUCACCACUUCUAUUUCUGACUAGUAAAGGUCAGAUCCAUGUUCAGCUGCAGCUCACAACAGGGGAUGAUAUUGCGACAAUGUCAAAGUUUUAUCUACCUCUACGUCAAUGGAUCCGGCUGGACGUCACAAUUUCAAGAAAAAUGAUAAUAUUAAACACCUUCCUUGGACGAGAGCUAGAAAGUUAUAACAGCCAUUCUUACAGUUUGGAUGAGGACAUCUAUUACGAUGAUACCGAUGGAUAUAUGUCCCUUGGAGGAAGCAAGUAUGUGGUCGGAAUUGAUGGAUUCUUUGGACCUGUGAAGUAUUAUCGACUUAAGGCUCUACAGAUGGAUGAGAUAUCAAACCCUCUCCCGGAGGACAGGAUUUACCAUCUGGUAGAAGAUUAUUAUAGCAGGUGUAUGCAUGUCAGAGAGAUCGUGCGAUUACAUACUAGUAUGCUACACGAGAAGCACGACCUGGAGACUAAGUGUCAACUACAGAAUUAUUACAAAGAUCUGCAGCUAAAAUAUGUAGAGAGACCAACUACUGAGAUGGUUCCUCGGACACGAGAAGAACAAAAUAAAUAUAGCAAUUUGAUUUGGUUGCUGAGCUCUAAUGAUGAGAUUUCUUGGGAUUUUUUCAGCGACCCUGGUGUCCAGUUUGGAAAAUACAUAUUUGAGAAAACUCUGAAGAAUGUGUCACAUAGUUUCUAUCACCUUCAAGAUUCUGUUCCCAAUUUGCUAGAUGCCAGCUGCAGUGGAUACCAUAAAGCGUCUUACCUGCUGGCUGUAAUGUAUGAGAUUGGCCUUGGUGUACCCAUUGAUGCAGCUGAGGCUCUGCUCUACAGCCUGGUUGGUGCACAAGGAGAUGAUAGACUUGCUCUUCUGAAGCUUGGAUAUAAGCAUCUCCAAGGAAUAGACAAUCAUAGUUUGGAUCUAGAUGUGGCCUUCUCGUACUAUAUGAAUGUUGCAAAAAAGACUCCAAAAGAUCAAUUAGCAAGAAACGCAGAGCAAGCAUUUGUAGAAACCAUAAGAUUAAUGGAUGAAGACAUACUAAAAGAACAGACUAGAGAAAAUGAUGACUUAUUUUUAUGGCUUAAACAGAAUGCGGAGAGAGGAGAUGUGCAUGCCCAGCAUAGGCUGGCACAGAUGCUUUUUUGGGGUCAGCAAGGUGUAACCAAGAACACCAGAGCAGCCAUAAAAUGGUAUGAGCGAGGAGCCCUAGAGAAUGAAGAGCCGGUGGUGAUGUAUGACUAUGCCGUCCUGUUAUUUAAGGGUGAUGGUGUUCCAAAGAACAAGAAAAUGGCCUUAAAGUUAAUGAAAAAAUCUGCUGCAAAGGGACAAGUUGAAGCUCUGAAUGGCUUGGGUUGGUAUUACCAUAGUUUCCGGAAAGACUAUGUCAGAGCUGUGAAAUAUUGGCGCAAAGCCUAUUACAAAGGGAACGCAGAUGCAGCAUUUAACCUCGGCGUGAUGCAUCUACAUGGUACCUACCCAGGGGAAGGUAGUGUCAAUGAAACACAAGCCUAUGAAUUCAUGUCAAAAGCUUCUGAGGGCGGCCAUAUUGAAGCUUCUAUCAGCAUAGCACAAUAUUUAAUCACUGGAAUAUUGAGGGGUGUCCAGAGAGAUCCAACCACUGCAAUACUGUUGGCUAAAUUUGUUGCAGAGCAGAAUGGAAACAUUGGACUUGUUAUCCGGAAAGCUGUAAAUGCCUACCUGGAUGGCACCUUAGAUGAGGCUUUUCUCAAUUUUAUUUUGACUGCAGAAGCCGGAGUGGAGAUGUCACAGACAAAUGUGGCAUACCUUUGUGAAGAGCAUUUAGCAUUGUCCACAGCACCCUUAGGGGAUAUUUGUAUUUGGAGAUAUUAUAACUUGUCUGUAAAUCAGCACAAUCCUUCUACUUACGCUUUAUUGAAGAUGGGUGAUCUGUAUUACUACGGGGGCAAAAAUCAUCCCAAAGACCUGAAGCUUUCAAUGAAGCUGUACACGCAGGCAGCGUUACAGGGCGAAUCUCAGGGGUUAUUCAAUCUAGCCCAGCUGGCCCAAGAAGGAAUUUCCAUACCUGAGUAUUUACUGAGACGUCUGAAAAUUGAGAAAUCUCUUAACGACCAUUCCUUGGUGAUAGAGCUGUAUGAAAGAUGUCAAAACCAAAGCAGUGAUGACACCAUUAGUCCUUGCACAUUGGUGCUGCUUUACCUGCAGCUGACUGACUCUUGGCAUUUCAUACUGAAUUCCUCUUUGGUUCGUGUACUGAUGUCUGUCAUUCUUGCUACACUCAUUUUACAGUGCUUGUACACUCUACAAGAUAAUAUUUUGCAGUCCAGAAGAGUACAAAAUGUCCACAGUUCUCCACGACCAGAAGGCAAUCCCAAUGCUACUCCAAGACCCGAGCAAACCGAAGCUUCUGUAGGCAACAGUUUUGCACCACCCCACUCAGACACUAGAAAUAUGGGCCUGAACAGAUGAUACCCAGUGUCCAGAACUGGCCAGAAGGUGAUGACAUCUACCACUGCCACUUAGGCUGGAUUCACACUUCCGUGUUUUGGAUGUAUUAUAUGUCCGCACCACAGCCCAACCAUGGCUCGGUGGACUCUCGGUGGACAAUGUAAAGUGCAGCACUUCUACUUCAUCAUUGCUGUGUGAAUAUGAAGGAAUAUUUUGGAUUCAUUUAGAAGGAAAUUGACAAAGAAAAAU